UCCUGACCAAUCAGAGACUCCCUAACACAAACGCUUCCGUAUAAAUAUGGUGGUUCUGGGCGCUUCGGUACCGGAGAAUGGUAGAGGUACUAACGGCGCCGCAUCACAAGACGGUACAUUGGACCAGGCAGUCCUUUAGUUUUUAUUUCAAUUUCCUCGUUUCGCCAGGUGUGUUAUAGUAGGAAAUAAAAGAUGGCCACGUCCGCCAGCGCCAGCUUGAGCAAAUCCAUCAAGCAGCAGUACCUUGAGCUUCCCCAGGGGGAUAAAGUCCAGGCCAUGUACAUCUGGGUGGACGGAACCGGCGAGGGUCUGCGGUGUAAAACCAGAACCUUGGAUUUUGAGCCCAAAAGCGUUGAAGAACUUCCUGAAUGGAACUUUGAUGGGUCCAGUACUUACCAAGCUGAAGGCUCCAACAGUGACAUGUAUCUCAUCCCCUCUGCCAUGUUUCGUGACCCCUUCCGCAAAGACCCAAACAAGCUGGUCCUUUGUGAAGUGUUCAAGUACAACCGCAUGCCUGCAGAAACCAACUUUCGAAUCACUUGCAAUAAGGUGAUGAAGAUGGUAGAAGACCAAGUUCCCUGGUUUGGCAUGGAGCAGGAGUACACCAUCCUGGGAACAGAUGGACAUCCUUUUGGCUGGCCGUCUAAUGGAUUCCCCGGACCUCAAGGUCCGUACUACUGUGGCGUGGGAGCGGACAAAGCCUAUGGAAGAGAUAUCGUGGAGGCCCAUUAUAGAGCUUGUCUCUAUGCUGGGGUUAACAUUUGCGGCACUAAUGCUGAAGUGAUGCCAGCCCAGUGGGAGUUCCAGGUUGGCCCGUGUGAAGGGAUCGACAUGGGCGAUCACCUGUGGGUGGCGCGCUUCAUCCUCCACCGUGUCUGUGAAGACUUCGGGGUCAUUGCCUCUUUUGACCCCAAGCCGAUCCCUGGCAACUGGAACGGUGCCGGCUGCCACACAAACUUCAGCACAAAGGAGAUGAGAGAGGACGGUGGACUAAAAGCAAUUGAGGACUCUAUCGAGAAGCUGGGCCGGAGGCACCGCUAUCACAUUCGUGCCUACGAUCCCAAAGGGGGUCUGGACAACGCCCGCCGCCUCACAGGCCACCAUGAAACCUCCAACAUCAACGAAUUCUCUGCGGGUGUGGCAAACCGCGGCGCCAGCAUCCGGAUCCCUCGCAACGUGGGCCAGGAGAAGAAGGGCUACUUCGAGGACCGCCGCCCGUCAGCAAACUGCGACCCGUAUGCUGUGACGGAGGCGCUCAUUCGCACCUGUUUGCUGAGCGAGGAGGGCGAUGAACCUGUGGAUUACUGAAGGCACCGCUCAUGGAUUGCUCUUCUGCCCCCUCCCAUUCCCUCCUUAUCUUUUCUUUUAACUAGUACUGUAUUCCCCCACCUACUGAGAUGGUUUAACCCGCAUUUUAAAUGGCUUCAAGUUGACUGGUCGACUUAAAACGUUAAUUCGUGUCUUUUGUAGUUCCUCUUUGGUCUUGGCAGGGUACCUUCCCCUUGUCUUUAGAAGGGAUUGGCUUUUGUAGCUGUUUUCUAGCCAUGUCAGACCACCCCCCCACAUCUCCUCAAUUUUUGUGUCUAACUAAAUGAUCUAAAGAACAUGGACACUGCAGCAUAAAGCCGCUAAGGCUGGACAGCAUGUACAACUAAAUAAAUCAUUAGUUGAUGUGUCGCUAAUUGACCAUGUCGACCUGCCUUUUUCAACCACCCUGGUUACUAACUUUGAUUUUAUGAUGAAGUGUAUUUUAAAUGGCAACGUUUGUCUUCAGACACACUGGAUCAACUGUGUUGGUACACUAUACUUUAUGUAGAUGUCUAUGAUGUUCAAAUGUGGUGGAUCUGUCCAUAAUUGCCAUUUGUAGAUUUUCCUCAAGGAGUUUUAUCCUUUUGUUAAUGCACCCAAUUUGGUAAAUUGUCACGUUUACUGAACCUGGGUUUUUUUUCUUGAUACAUUUAAAACUUAUUUUUAUCACAA